GAUCAAGAGAGAACGACUCGAUCUUCAACAACAACCAUCAUGGCGGCCACCACACGGCUCAUAUCAAGGUUGACAGUUGUCACGGGUUAGUGUCUUCUUUCACGCUUCGUCGGCCUUUAUAUUUAAUUUAAUACAUAUGUAAGGUAGGUAAAUAUAACUGCAGUUCUCUGUAGGGAAUUAGUAGAGCAGAUAUAUGUGCUUAGCUAGGCGCAAUAACUUGUGUUGUUGUAGCUGACCCUUGGUCUAGUUGUUGGGCUUCAAUCAUUUUAUUUCGUUGCAGUGCAAGAUUGUAGUUAACAGUCGUUGUAACGUUAACAUUGUUUCGACUAAGCUACAUCACUGUUACAGUAUAUCAUCUUCAGACAUUCUUGAGAACGUUUGCUUUAAAAAAAUAUAUAUAUCUGUCCUGUGGUAUCUCAACAGCAACAUAGCCGUCCAAAACAAUUUGUUAAUGAAACCUUAAUGACAAUAUCCCAUUUAAGUCAACUUAACAUAAACAUACAUUUUCUUUAGAGUAGCCUAGGCCAUUUUAAUUGGUAAAAAAAAUAGUUGUCUUCACCUUUGCCUGAUGAGACAGCUAUGUCACUCUCAUUGGAUAAAAGGUGAAGACGACAAUAAUGUUCAAUCAAUCAAAUUUUAUUUAUAAAGCCCUUUUUACAUCAGCAGAUGUCACAAAGUGCUAUACAGAAACCCAGCCUAAAACCCCAAACAGCAAGCAAUGCAAAUGUAGGAGCACGGUGGCUAGGAAAAACUCCCUAAUGUUGCCUUACAAGAAUCUUCACUCAGAUGAAAUAAAGGCAAGAUAGAAAUAAUACCCUCCCUGCUUAUAGGCGACCGCUCAUGUGUAGGUGACCAAUCAUCAGUCCUUUAUUAUAGACCUUAUUUACAGAACAUCCAAGUGGUAUAUAGCCCUCUCUUUACCUGCUGUGAGCUGCAGCAGAUUGCCGCCUACAUUUUUGCACUACCCAUUAUCUCCAGGAGGGGGCAGCGGGAUUGGCCGAGCCGUAUGCCAGCGAUUUGCCUCCGAGGGUGCCACGGUAGUGGUAGCUGACAUCAGCGAGGAGUCAGCCAAUCAGACCCUGGGCAGUCUGAACCAUGACCACAAAGGGCAGGACCACAUGGCAGCUGCUGUGGAUGUUUCAUCAAGGGAGAGUGUAGAGAAGCUACUCACAAGCAUUCAGGUGAUUGACUGAUUAUCCUAAACCACAUGCUGGUGUCUCCUACUAGGAUAAUAAAUCAGUCAUGUAACGUUUUUGGACCUUGACCUAAAGCACUUCACUCAGUUCUUCAACAACACAAUCGCGAAGUUAGAAAUUGCCUGAAUCAGAAGAGACAUUUUGUGUGAGUGAGUCACUGAAUGCCAUAAGUGAUUAACUCAUAAACAAUGUGCUGUGAUACCCUCCUGCAGUGUCGGUACUUCCAGCCUCCCACAAUAUGUGUGAACGCUGCAGGGAUCACUCAGGAUGAGUUCCUCCUGAAAAUGGAGGACAAGGACUUUGACAAGGUUAUCCAAGUCAAUCUAAAGGUAUAACCCUUUGUUCUUAUUGUCCUGGCCACAAUAUAUUUAAAUGAGUGGAAGAAAAGAAGCAAGGGUUUCUCUCUCUGUUUAGGUUCAGUGAUUCGUUUAUGUUGUUACACCAAAAUCAGAGAGUUAAAAUGUUUUUAAAAUAAACAGUGCUUCCUAACCUCGUAUUCAACAAACUCCUCUAUCUUUCCCCCUCUCUCUCUCAGGGCACAUUCCUCCUGACUCAGGCUGUUGGCAAGGCUCUGGUUGCCUUUGGAGCACCUAAAGGCUCCAUUAUUACAGUGGGCAGCAUUGUGGGCAAGGCGAGUCCAACAUCUUAGCUAUUGGCCCUCCAGGCAUAGGUUAUUAGCUUUCAACAGACUUCCUGCCAUUCUUUAACAUUCUCUUUGUGUUUCUGGCUGUUACCAGGUAGGCAAUAUUGGACAGGCAAACUACUCUGCUUCCAAAGCAGGUGUGGAGGGCCUGACCAGAACUGCAGCCAAGGAGCUGAGCAGGUAAGGCACACCUGGGUUAUGUUCAUUAGGGCAAACCGUAGCUAAAUGUUUUGCAAUAGAAACAAAAAUGAGCAUUUCAUAUUAUACAAGUUGAGAUGGUACCUAGCCUUUUUGGGCUGUUUUCUUCUGUGCCGUGCCUACUGAACACGAUCCUGCAUUUGAUUUCAACACCCCAAAUGUUACCCAUUCACCAAUAGAGAGAAGAUAAAUAGGCUAUAAACAUUCUGUAGUGAGCAGGGCCCAGUUUCCUGAUAGCGAUGGAACUUAGGCUUAUGAGUGUUAACAAUCCAUCGUUCCUAUGGCCAAAGAUGUAACAUGCGUUUCCCAAAACACCAGUGGGUCGUUGGAGCAUGUGUCCAUCUGAUAGGAUCUCUCGGAUCAGCUUUCUCUUACCUUAACAUUAGAAUUAGUCCACAAUACUGACGAUGGAUCAGCUCCUAGAGAUAUAUCAACACCUAUAUGGCUGCAAAUAUUGAGGUGGUUUAUUGUAAUGCUUACCCUAUAAUAACUUAAUCACAUCAUUGUGCACAUGUUGUAACACAUCAUGAAAUUAGACAGUGUAGCCUACAAUUAGCAAAAUAGAACUAAAUUGACUGAAAUAUAUAGGCCCAUGUAGCCUUUAAGCCUACUGUAUGCUUUUAUGCAGUCAGCUUAGUUUUCAUUUGAAGCAUCUUUUUAUCCUUCGCUUGUUUGUAACAAAUGCAAAGACAUUGGCAACUUUGUAUUUGUAGUCAAAUUCAUUCUGAAGUUAUUGGCGGUCACAGAGCGACAGAUAAACAGCUUGGUUCUAUGUUUAGCGGAGAUCUUCUGUGUUUAAAAGUGACUCAGAAAGGGGAAAAAAAAAGCAUCAAACGACCACUUAGCUGUUCUACGAGUGGUCUGAGGCAGUCUGUAAAUAAUGAGCGUUUUCAAGUACAACUUCAGUAACAAUGGUUUUGGGAAACAGCUCGGCGUUUUAACGAUGCUCCUAUGAAGGUUCUAAUGAACUUAGCCUUAAGAUGCGUUUGGUAAACAGGACCCAGGGUGGUUUGAAGUAUGACCUAAAACCUAAAAUACAACUGCUCUCUUUCUCCAGAUUUGGGAUCCGGUGUAACUGUGUGUUACCAGGGUUUAUAACCACACCCAUGACUGAUAAAGUGCCAGAGAAAGUAAUCAGUCAGGUACGACUGAGUUCUCCUUUUAUAUUAGAUAGAAAGUGACCUCCUGAAUGUUGUUUUUGUAUAGAAGUGUGUAUUUAACUUGCUGUGUUUUUGUUUUGUGUGUGCAGUUUACGUCCAUGGUGCCACUGGGAAGGAUGGGAGAGCCUGCAGGUGAGAAUACUGUAUACAUACUGUACACCUCUGUGCUAUAGAGCACAUCACAAAUGCAGAGCUCCGUACCCUUUAUAGUCAAGUUAUAAGACUUAACCCCUCUCUCUCUCUCUCUCUCUCUCUCUCUGUGUGUGUAUAGAGGUAGCUGAUGUAUGUGCCUUUCUGGCUUCAGAUGACUCUCGCUACAUCACUGGAACCAGUAUUGAAGUAACAGGUAAUGGACCCACCUGAAAUACAUUAAAAUGAUUGAUUAAUGUUUAACAGGAAAUGCCUUUUACUGCUGUCCUGUUAACAAAAAAAUGUCUUACUCACCUUCAGGAGGCCUUUUCAUUGGCUGAGACAACUUUCCAUCAUCCUCAUUAAGACCAAUGAGGCAAGUUCCCAUCUAGGUCCAGUAAUUGUAUAUUGAUUCAAUGUUCACAUUGUGCCUUCACUUGUAAUAAUACAACUGAUUGGGGAUCGAUCUUGUUUUGUAAAUCUAGUCAAUAUGUAUAAGGUAAAUGUGAUUGUGCAAUAAAUUACAACUGAUGUUUGUAACUUUUGAGAUCUCGUGUUGUGGAGAGAGGGUCAGUGUUUAGAGGUUUCCAAAUGUAACCAAGUUACGCCUCUAAACCCUCUACAUUUAUGUGCAGUUACUAUCAUUUAACUAGGGAAACUUAGUCAUUACUAACACGGUUGGAUUUAGAGAUGUUUAUAAACACAAAAGGCUGACUUC